AUGGCGCGGCUGCCGUCCGUCCCGGGCGGGGCCUGGGAUGCUGUGCUAGGCGGUGGCGGUGCUGGUGUGGCGGCUGGGGGCGGUUCUUCCGUAGAUCCACAUGUUUGUGGCAAUGUAUAUCUAUACGUGCAUUCACAUGAUUUGAUAUGGGUAGUCACUAAAAAUAAAAAUGUCUUUUUCCUUCUUGUGGUUGAGCAAACAGGAGAGACAGAAGAUGAAGCGGAACAGAAAAGGAUCCGAAAGAAAAAGGAAAACAAGAAGAGAGAUGCGGGGACCCCCGUGGCCUUGGGGGCCGAGCCCGCUCCCCCACCUGGUGCUCCUGUAAGAGGCCCGAGGAAGAAGGCUUCGAGCUUCUUCUCGGAGCUCCGGGAAGAGCUGCGGUGUGCCCCCUCCGUGACCCUCCCGGAGGCCCCCGCAGGCCCACAAGCCCCUGGGGCAGCAGCAUCGCCCUCUCCCCUGAACAGGAGGGAGCCGGUGGAAGUGGUGGAAUUCCACAGCAGGAGUAAGAAAAGGAAACAGAGGCUGGAUCAAGAUGAGAACGCCAAGACCAAAACUAGUAUCCUGGAGAAAGAUGUGACUAUAGAAACGAGACCCACGCAGCUCAGCGUCUUGCGGGCUGUCGUCGCUGCGGGCCAUGAGGAUGAGCACGAGGAUCUGGCUCGGCUGGAGGUGCACCGGUUUGGGAUCACGGGCUACGGAAAAGGGAAGGAGCGAGUCCUGGAACGGGAGCGUGCGGUCAUGCUGGGCGCACAGCCUCCCAAGAAGAGUUACGUGAAUUACAAGGUUUUGCAGGAGCAGAUCAAAGAGAAAAAGGCAGCCAAGGAAGAGGAAAAGAGAAUGGCCCAGGACACAGACAUUUUCAAGAAAAAGAAGAGGAAAGGGCAGGAGGACAGGAAAUCCAAGAAGAAGAAAGCAGCUCCUAGCAUUUUGUCAAGUGGACGGAUCGGCCAGGUUGGAAAAUUCAAAAAUGGGACAUUGAUCCUGAGCCACGUCGACAUCAGGAAGAUAAACUCGUCCCGCGUGGCUAAGUGAGCUGCUGCCGAGCCAGAGGGGCGGGGAGCCCUGUACCGAGGCUGGGCCGGCCGGACCCCAGACCGUUACUAUUUCCUGCUUCCUGACUGUUCUUUGAGGGGAAGUCAGGUAGGACCGGGAAAGCUUCUGGGGCUCAUGUGUCUGCGGGGCCACGUCGGGCCAGCCACGCGCCGUGCGCAUGUGAAGUGAACCUGGCGGAAGACGUUUAAUUUUCCCAGCGCGUCACUGAGUGUCACUUUCACUGGUGUUUUGUGCAUUUGCUCGUAAGAUUUCUCAGGAAUGUACUGAUUUGGAAGGGCUAAUAAUUAGCUUUCAAUCGCCAUUUAAUUUUCUAAAAACGACUCGAUGUCACUAUCAUGAAAGCUAAUAAUGUGGUCAUUUGUCAAGUUAUUUUGUGGGAAAAGCAGCUUCCAUGUUCAGGCUCAAGUGUCUAAAGUCUACUUCACAGGAAGGAACGUAAAUAAAAUUCACCCUUUGGGGCGUGUGUGGCCGUGACUGUGAAA